AUCACGUGUUGCCGGUUCACUGACGCAAAACUUCCGCGACUCCUACUGAUCCUUAUCCUACAUGUGAAUGUCGUCGCCGCUGUUAUAAAAGCUGAUUUUAUAAGGUGCUCGGGUGAGAUGCGGGUGCAAAUGUUUUGACUGGUUGUUAAAUACAGGAAGUCCCCUUUUCAAAAUGACCACCAGGCUGCUGUGUAGAUGGGCGCGGUUGUUUCCUCGCUGCCCCCAGGCUGCCACAGCCUCAGCCCGGCUACAGAACUUCACAGUCCACCAGACAGAACCAGUGUGCCUGACAUCCCUGUCGUGGAUCCGACCCUCUGCUAGACACCUCUGUCAGGGCAAUGAACUGGCUAGAAUGGAGGAGACAGCAUUGCCAUAUGAUCAAACACCACUAGUCCGACUUGUUGAAAAGGCAUCCACCCCAGAGGAAGUGCUUCAGUUGUGGGCAGAGCAAGGCGGAUCUGCCAGCGAUGCUGCCAGGUGUCUAGUCCAGCUGAACCUGCGGGUCACGGAGAAGGGUGGCGAAGAAAUCCUGCAGGAUCCUCGCUUCGAGAGCAUGCUGGAGACUGUGAACUCUCAGGUGUCCUCAGUGUGGAAUGGAUCUCUGGUGGGUCUUCUACGUGCUCUCACGAUGUUGGGUCUCCCUUCUGAUGCCCCUCUACUCCGCUCCAUCCAGAAUGAAGUGCUCUGGAGGAUCCGGCGCUUCACCUACCGUCACUUGGCGUACCUGGUGGACUGGGUGGCCUUUCAGCGGCGACAAGGGUAUGAAAACGAAGCACUUACCGCAGCUCUGCUGAAACAACUGGAGCUGCGCUGGACAGAGCUGUGUGACAGUCGUACCGUCAGCAUUCUCAUGGGCCGUGCUAUGCUUUUCACCCCAUCUCUCAUGGACAAACUGGAGGACAAAGCUCUGGAGUUGGCAGAGAGCUUCAGCGCAGAGGAUAUCCGGAGGGUGGCAUUUGCACUCGCCUCUCAGAACAGACGGGCCGUUCCUUUGUUACGUGCUCUCUCAUACCACCUGAACCAGAAACCUUCUUUUGAACUAAAAACACCAUUGCUGCUUGACAUUGCAUACGCUUAUGGUAAGCUGAAUUUUCAUCAGACACAAGUGCUUCAGAGAAUAGCGGCGGAGCUAUUGCCUAGGUUAUCAGAACUGAGUUCCCUCGAUGUCACCCGCUGUGCCAAGUCUCUAGCCUUUCUCAAGUGGCUUCACUUGCCUCUGUUUGAAGGCUUUGCUCAGCACUAUGUGAGUAAUAGUGGAAACUACAGCACUAUGCAGGUGUGUAAUCUAAUCAUAUCUUUCGCCAAACUCAACUUCCAACUCGGCAAAGGAGAGGAGUUUUACCAAAAGGUACACAAAGCUUUGGAAGGUUCCUUUCAGAAUUUAGAGCCUUUUCUGAAGACCGAUGUAGUCUGGUCGCUGUGUGUGCUGAACCAGGCCAAUCCUGAUUACAUAUCCUCUGUUACGAAAUAUGACUUCCAGAAGAAACUUACAGGUGGCAUUGUGGAUAGGACUGAGAGCUAUCGGCUGAAACUGCUGCAUAUCUCUGCCUUUGCUCAGCUGGAGCCUUUAGGAAUCACUGUUCAAUCCCCUGCUGUGCUGCUGCCAGCUUCCCAGGGUAAAGUGGAGGUCAGCACCCCUCUGCAGAGCAGCCUACACACAGCCCUUCAAAGCCUGACCAACGGAAGGACGCAAGCCCUCCGCACAGCCGUCAAAACUGUAUACGGCUGGACGAUAGAUGGAGAGAUUGUGGUAGAUUCAGAAAAUAAACCUAUUGAUUUGGAGAAAUUGAAAGCCCCUCAUUUACCUGGAGGUGGUGGACGUGAUGCCUUACCUGCAGGGGCACGGAGAAUAGCAUUUGUGGCUUGGGAGUUUCCUAACUUUUGCCUUAGAAGCAAGGAUCUUCUGGGCCGCUUUGCCAUGCAGAAACGCCACCUACAGCUGGCUGGAUUUAUAGUGGUGGAGGUGCCGUACUUUGAAUGGCUGGAGCUGAAGUCCGACUGGCAGAAAGUGGCUUACUUGAAAGACAAAUUAGGGAAGGCAGUGGCUGAGGACAUGGCUAAAUGAGCCAUCAAGCCUGUCAGUAAUGUUAAAUGCCUUUGACACAAGCUGCUCAUAGACAUCAACGGCCUCAGACAAUAACAUGACUUACAGGUGAGGGAAUGACAGAUAUUGAGUUCUACACAAACAAUUAGAGACUGUUGCAGCAUCCUCAAGUACCACGAUCCACCCGAACAUCAGAGUGGAAAUCAAAUGCGUCUGGGAGCUCUGAUCAAUCUCUGCAUGAACAGAAAGCAGAGCCUCCAGGAAUCAGCAGAUGCUCGGAAGCAACAGAGUCGUGUAUCCGCUGCCUUCCCAAAAAAGAAACUCGGAGCCAAAGAGCUAGGCAUAUGUUGUGAAAUAAAAGCGUGACUGAUCUGAAGGGCAUAAGCAAUGUUUACCACAGGGGGAAAACAACUACAUUAUCAGAGCUUUGUGUUAAUUGUCCACGUCCUUACAAACAACUGGACGUUCAACACUCUCUCCUUCCACUUAUAAUAAAUACAUACACCGUCUGUUUUUGAUGCAGUUGCCUAGACAACACAUGGAGCUUUCCUUGUUGCCAAGGAGACAGUUGUUGGGUUGGAAAUAUUUAUGGUAAAAGGGACUGAGAGUUUAGUACUUAAGGAUACUUUCAUUACACUUACAAAGCACCACUCUAUUGGUGUGAAUUAAAAAAAAGAAGUAAAAUAACUAUACUUGCCUCACCUGAUAUCUGUACAUUUGCAAAUAUGCUUGUGAUUUAAUGAAAUAUGCGUAAAACAAGGGCAGUAUGUAAGAAUACAUAUUGGAUUUUAAUAAAUAUUUUCCUUUAAAUAUUUAUUUUGGAAUGGUCAUCAUCAUUGAAUUCUGGUAUGUUUAGACCUGUUUACUGAAGUUACAUUCUCUCUUACGAAGAAUAGACUUUCCAGCUGAAAUCUUGAAAGAUUUUGAGCACAGAAUGGAUUUUCUUCACUUAAGACUUUCAUCUCUGUUUCCACUGCGUGUUAUUAAUAUAAACUAAUCUCGUAUUUUCAUCAGAGGGCAUAUGGUGACUCAUUGCUGUAUUUUGCUGAAUGUGGUUUGCUAAUGUUGGCUGUCUGUCUGCAGUCAUGCUGUGAUGUUCUAUAUCUCAGUAUUUUGUGUAACAUAGAACGCUGAUGAAAUGUGAAACUGGUGUUAAUUUAUUUUUCUAUCAGUUGCUAUGACUUAAGACUUAAUAAACAGACACUGAGCUAUG